UCCGCCUGCACACAAAACGAUCUUUCAUCUAUCUUUCCCUCUAAACGCGCGUGUUCCUCCAUCGUUAAGUGUUGCCCCAACGGUGUUCAAAUGUCAACCACUAAUCAUAAUCCGCCCCUCCCCCACCCCUGGUUUACAUAAUUAAUGUUUGCUAGCAUAGCCGUGCACGGACCGAUUGUCACAACAUCGCGCACCGCUCGUAAAUAUAGGUUCUCCAAGUGUCAAUUUAGUUUUGUGAAAUAAUACACCAGGAACGGUACACGCCCCACUCAUUAGCAGCGUAGGCGAAGGGUACAAACGACUGCCAUCCGAAUGGAGACAUUUUUGGGAUAGACACAGUAAGCAAUCAACCCGUCAGCCAGAAACUCUUCGCGCAGUGAUGGCUAAAAUCCUCACCCGAACUUUGUCCGAUAACUUUCGCGUGAUGCCGUACAAUUUGCGAGUCUUUGCGAUGGUCGGUCUGUGGGGUGAUCGACGAAAGCAGUACCGGCUGUGCGUGGUGCUGCUGGGUGCGCUCGUGGUGAUAAUCUUCCCGAAACCGGUGCGCAUCUCCGACCGCCAUCCGUUCGAGUCGAUUGUGCGCAGCGUAGCCGAGCUGAUCUUUGCCGCGCUCUGCUACCUGACGGUCAUCAUCCUGGCCAUCAAAUCGGAACCGUUCCGGCAGGUGAUUGCUAAGCUGGAGCAAACAUUGGCACUGUUUCGCGAUACCAACGACCAGUGUAGCCAGCUGAUCGUGGAAGUUAACGCCAACAUUCAUCGGUUUAGUUUGAGUUAUGCAAAGUUGCAUCUGUUUUACGUACUGCUGUUCAAUGUGGCACCACCGGUCUACAACUAUCCGCACUAUCUGCUGCAGUCGAAGUUACCGCCAGCUAAUCGGACGCUGGAAUUUAUGCUCCCACUGAUGCAGGAUCUGUACGGGUUGGAUGUGCGACACAAUAUAGCCCACUACACCAUUUCCUGGAUGUCGAUCACACCGUUCUGUGCCUUUUUUACGCUCAUCCUCUGGUACAAGGGUUCCCUGUUUAUGCUGAUCCGGUACAAUACGCUGCUGUACCAGCUCGUCAAUCUGCUGCUGCAACAGUUCGAGUAUGAGGGACCUGGUGCGAGACUUAGACAGAAGCAUCACCGAUUACAGAGGAUUGUGGAGCUACACCAUAGGGCGAUCGAGUGUACCACGCUGCUGGAUAGCAUCCUUAGCCUAAUUCUACUGAUCCAGUUCGUUGGAUGUCUGUUGCUGCUCUGCCUGAUACUGUUCUACGUGUCCCGCAAUCACAACCUCAUCGUUAUCAAUCUUGGUGUACUGUUCUCUUCCAUUUUUAUCGAGAUGAUGUGCUUCUCGUACCUAGGGAAUCAGCUUACUGAAGAGAAUGCCACCAUUAGCAAUUCCGCAUUCAAUUGCCACUGGUAUGAGGAGCCGAUCGUGAUACGGAAGUACUUUCUGCGCAUCAUCCUGCAGGCACACCGUAAGGCAACGAUAACGGCCGGCAAGUUCUACAACGUUAACAUUGUAACCUUUGCGCAACUUAUUAAAACGUCCUACACGUACUACAUGCUCAUGAAGGAAAUGUUCUAACGUCACAUUGUCACACCACAUGGACAUCCAGAUCGACGUAAGCUGGCCCGAGCGCGGUACAAAGCUGCGACAUUGGUUGAGAUCUGUGGGAAAGUACUCAUUAAAAUGUAAUCAAAAUUAAGGACCGGGUCUGGCGUGUACAAAUAAAAUACUCACUACCAA